AUGGUAGCUGCCACGAGUCUGUUUUUCAUGCUCUUGUUUUGUGACGUACUUCUUGUUACGGUCAAAGGGGACGGUCGACUGCAAGUAAAAUUCAAACAGCUCAGCAGUUCAUUUAGCACUAGAGAUUUCAAUGCUGACUGUUGCGACGGUGAACCGGCUCCACGUUGCCUUCAUUUGUGUGUUCCAAAGUUUAAGAUAUGUUACAAAGGAGCAACAUCAAGUGGAAGCUGCUUACAAACAAUUGAAACAGGAUUCUACAAUCCAAUUCCACGACAAUUAAGCUCUCUAGUUAUAUUUACUGACAGUGAUGGAACUUUCAACUUUAGCUUCAAUGCAUCAGCUUCGGAUCAACAUUAUAUUCAAGUAGAGGUGAUCGAUACUUCACUAAAACUAAUAGACAUAAUCGAUAUAUCAGCGCCUUCCAGUUUGAUAAAUCAGACAGCAGACUUUAGUGGUUCACGUGCAAAUCUUCCAAUAACAUUGACAGUAGAGUGGCAGUUGUUCUGUGACAAAAACUGGUAUGACAACGAUUGUGAUGAAUACUGUGUGGCUCGAGACACAGCAAUCCCACCAGCCCAUUUCACAUGCAACACAACAACGGGACAAAGGAUAUGCCUCGCAGGUUAUGAGAAUUCAGACAGAAACUGUUCAACCCAGAUUAAUGAGUGUGAAUCGACUCCUUGUCAAAAUGGAGCUACAUGUCAUGAUGAUCUACGAAGGUACAGUUGUCAGUGUCCCAACUACUACACUGGAGGUCACUGUGAGACAGCAAUUUUUUGUUCAUCUUCUCCAUGUGAGAACAAUGGCACAUGUCAAGACUUAACCAACUCGUACAAAUGCACAUGCCAUCGUGAUUACACAGGAACAAACUGUGAAACACAUAUAGACGACUGUGCAUCUUAUCCUUGCCAAAAUGGGGGCCAAUGCAAUGAUGGCAUUCUCAGCUACCAGUGUGACUGUAAGGAUGGCUAUACAGGCAUACACUGUGAAACAGAGAUGAAUGAAUGUUUGUCCAGUCCAUGUGUGCAAGGUACCUGUAUGGAUUAUGUUGCUUCCUACCGUUGCGAUUGUAGCCCAGGAUACACAGGAGUCAACUGUCAAACAGAAAUUGAUGAAUGUUUGUCGAGUCCGUGUCUACAUGGUGGUACAUGCUCAAAUCACAUCGACUCAUACUCUUGCUCAUGUGAUGUGGGAUACAUAGGAGUCAACUGUGCAACAGAAAUUGAUGAGUGCAAUCAACAUGAUUGUGUAAACGGGGCAUGCCGAGAUCAAAUCGGGUUCUUCGUAUGUAACUGUACAGCUGGAUAUACGGGAACAAAAUGCGAAACAGAAAUCUUUGAGUGUUCUUCCAAUCCAUGUCAGCACAGCGGAACUUGUGUGGAUAUGAUCAAUGGAUAUCAAUGUCAAUGCACAGAAGGAUACACUGACAAGCAUUGUGACAUAAAUAUCAACGAAUGUCAGAGCAACCCAUGUCAAAAUGGAGGCAACUGUCUUGAUCUGGUGAACAGUUAUCAAUGCAACUGCCAAACAGGAUACACAGACAGUCACUGUACAACGAAUAUUAAUGAGUGCGCAUCCACUCCAUGUCAAAAUAAUGCCACUUGUCAAGACAACAUUGGGCAGUUCAAAUGUUUAUGUCCGACUGGAUUCACGAACACUUUAUGUCAAACAAAUAUCGAUGAUUGUGUCAGAGUGCAGUGUCUCAAUGGUGGUUAUUGUAGUGAUCUCAUUGCUGAUUAUCACUGCAACUGUCCUCUUGGAUACACAGGAAAGCGAUGUGAUGUUGAUAUCAAUGAAUGUUUGUCUAAUCCUUGUCAGAAUGGGAUGUGUACACAUCAAGUUAAUCUCUACAAAUGUACCUGCAAUCGAGGAUACACGGGAACAAAUUGUGAAAUAAAUAUUGAUGACUGUGCUUCCAACCCGUGUCAGAGCAAUGCCACAUGCAGAGAUGGAGUAAACAGAUACUCAUGUGAAUGUCCUCGUGGAUACACAGGUGCCCAUUGUGAACAAGAGAUUGAUGAGUGUAAAUCCAAUCCAUGUCAACAUGGAGGAAAGUGUGAAGACCACCCUGGCUUCUAUGUCUGUACAUGUCCAACAGGAUAUACAGGUCACACCUGUGAAACAAAUGUUGACAAUUGUGUUAACCACACGUGUCAGAGAAAUGCAGUUUGUGUUGAUGGUAUUGAUACAUACGCAUGCUCUUGUCAAACGGGAUACACAGGUCAAGAGUGUGAGACAGAUAUUAAUGAGUGUGCAUCCACCCCAUGUCAAAAUAAUGCCACUUGUCAGGACAACAUCGGGCAGUUCAAAUGUUUGUGUUCAACUGGAUUCACAGACACUUUAUGUCAAACAAAUAUCGAUGAUUGUGUCAAAGUGCAGUGUCUCAAUGGUGGUUAUUGUAGUGAUCUCAUUGCUGAUUAUCACUGCAACUGUCCUCCUGGAUACACAGGAAAGCGAUGUGAUGUUGAUAUCAACGAAUGUUUGUCUAAUCCUUGUCAGAAUGGGAUGUGUACACAUCAAGUUAAUCUCUAUAAAUGUACCUGCAAUCGAGGAUACACGGGAACAAAUUGUGAAAAAGAUAUUAAUGAGUGUGCAUCCACCCCAUGUCAAAAUAAUGCCACUUGUCAGGACAACAUCGGGCAGUUCAAAUGUUUGUGUUCAACUGGAUUCACAGACACUUUAUGUCAAACAAAUAUCAAUGAUUGUGUCAAAGUGCAGUGUCUCAAUGGUGGUUAUUGUAGUGAUCUCAUUGCUGACUAUCACUGCAACUGUCCUCCUGGAUACACAAGAAAGCGAUGUGAUGUUGAUAUCAAUGAAUGUUUGUCUAAUCCUUGUCAGAAUGGGAUGUGUACACAUCAAGUUAAUCUCUACAAAUGUACCUGCAAUCAAGGAUACACAGGAACAAAUUGUGAAAAAGUGGCAUUAGACAAUGAGACUGCUGCAGGGUUGUCAGUAGCAAUUGUAGCUGCAGUUGGUACAGUGUCCGGGUUCAUUGUCAUUCUGAUCGUGGCAGCUACUUUCUGUUUAUAUCAAUGGAAAUGCUCAAAAAGAACUGUUGAUGGUUCGGCAAGGUCCAACACAACUAACAUGGAUGAACUGAAACAAACAUAUAUUGAUAGGAUAUAUGAGACAGUGGCUAACACUGAUGAUUACACUGACAUGACACAUGAGACAGUGGCUAACACUGAUGAUUACACUGAUAUGACACAUGAGACAGUGGCUAACACUGAUGCUUUCUCAUCAAUUCGAUUUUAUGAAGAAAUAUCAGUGGUGGGGACAGUCAAUGAAUCAUAUGGUGUGGUAGUUGAUCAGAACUAAAGACAACGGAUGCUUACAAACUAUACAGUGUAUGAUAGCUGCUCAGUCCUAAUCAUGUGCGCAUGCAUGCUCAGUCAUUCUAACUAGAACUAUAAUAUACUUAGUGUGGCGUAAGUGAUUGUAUUGGUUGGUUAACUAUAUUUAAUAAUGUGAAAUACAUUGUCCUUGA